UUUCAAAUGGACAACCUGACAUUCAGAUACAGUGUACUGUUAGUGGAGGGACUGCAAAUUACACAUCAGUCCAGCCAGCUGACCUUCGUUUUUCUAUUGAUUGCUUAUGUCUUUGCAAUGGUGUCUAACAUUGGGAUUUUGAUUCAGAUCUCAGCAGAAAAAAGUUUACACCAGCCUAUGCACAUUCUUUUCUGUCACUUGCCAGUGAGUGAUGUAAUUGGAGCAACUGUCCUCAUACCACGCUUACUGAAAGAUUUAUUAACAGACCCCUCUGAGCGCUACAUUACAUAUGUGGAGUGUGUUUUCCAAGCUUUUUUUGUACAUUUAUAUGGAACAACUUCCCAUACUAUUCUAAUGAUCAUGGCCUUUGACAGAUAUGUGGCCAUAUGCAAUCCACUGCGAUACCCAACUAUAAUGACCAAUAAAAUGAUGGUUAAACUGUCAACAGGAGCCUGGGCUGCUGCAAUAUUGCCAGUGGGAAUUUUGAUUGGCCUCAGUGUGCGUCUGUCUCACUGCAGAUCAUUUAUUCCAAACCACUUUUGUGAUAAUGCUUCACUUUUUAAACUGUCUUGUGAAAAUACUGUGAUUAAUAAUGUAUAUGGGUUAACUUUUACUGUGGUUUUACUUACCUCUUCAUUGGGGUGGGUGUUAAUGACAUAUCUCAGAAUAGCAAUGGUAUGUUUAAAAAGCAAAAAUAAAGCGACCAACAGCAAAGCCAUAAAAACUUGCAGCACUCAUUUGACUGUUUAUGUAAUCUUACUUAUCUCUGGUUUUGUCCCAAUUUUUCUUCAUCGCUUCUCUGAGUAUGCUGAAAAUAGGAAGUUUGGGAGUGUAAUUUUCCAUGUUAUACCACCAGGAUUAAACCCCAUAAUAUAUGGUUUACAAGCCAAGGAAAUAAGACAAAGAAUGUUAAAACUGUGCAGAAAUAAAGUGAAUUCUAGCUGA